UGCGCCUGCGCCGGAAGCGAAGCCGGGUGGAAGGUGGGGUGUUGCUUGUUGGCAGGCGCCUUGACUUGGACCGAGGACUAUCGGUGCGAGCUGAGCGAAGCUGGCACUAGUGGCGCUGCAGACUGCUAACGCUAGGCCUGCGUCAGUGAGGGGUCGUCGGGCCAAACCUGGCCUGCUGCUCCCAUCCCCGCCUGGAGCGCGCCUCCUGGUGGGUGGUCGACCCCCAAUUAGGCCCCGACGCCUACCUUUGGGCUGUGGACCCGGCAGGGUUUCUUUUGGAUGUUCCACAGUAAUAAUGCUGGGUAACCCAAAUCUGGAAUCAUGAAAAUUUUGUUGGUGUUUGACUUUGAUAAUACAAUCAUAGAUGACAAUAGUGAUACCUGGAUUGUACAGUGUGCUCCAGACAAAAAGCUUCCUAUUGAACUACAAGAGUCUUAUCAAAAAGGAUUUUGGACAGAAUUUAUGGGCAGAGUCUUUAAGUAUUUAGGAGAUGAAGGUGUAAGAGAAGAUGAGAUGAGAAGAGCAAUGACGUCAAUGCCUUUCACUCCAGGGAUGGCAGAACUUUUCAACUUCAUAAGAAAGAAUAAGAAGACAUUUGACUGCAUCAUUAUUUCAGAUUCAAAUUCAAUCUUUAUAGAUUGGAUUUUAGAAGCUGCCAAUUUUCAUGACAUGUUUGAUAAAGUGUUUACAAAUCCUGCAGCUUUUAAUAGCAGUGGUCAUCUUACUGUGGAAAAUUAUCAUGCUCAUUCUUGCAAGAGGUGCCCAAAGAAUCUUUGUAAAAAUGUUGUUUUGGUAGAAUUUGUAGAUAAACAGCUACAGCAGGGAGUGAAUUAUACACGAAUUGUUUAUAUAGGUGAUGGUGGAAAUGAUUUCUGUCCAGUAACCUUUUUAAAGAAGAAUGAUGUUGCCAUGCCACGGAAAGGAUAUACUUUACAGAAAACACUUUCCAGAAUGUCUCAAAAUCUUGAGCCUAUGGAAUCUUCUAUUGUAGUUUGGUCUUCAGGUGUUGAAAUAAUUUCUUAUUUACAAUUUCUAAUAAAGGAAUAAUAUGCCAGUA